UUAAGCAAAAAACAUGGGCGAGUUUUAAAUAAUUUUCGGGCCAAAAUCUCCAAAUUCUCAGUGUCAAAUAAACUCUGAAUAAUUUCCAAAAUGAACAGAAAUGGUUGGUUUCAAUGUCACGCGAACGUCCCCCCAAUCACCUCUACCUUUCAAAACGAUCAAGUCCAAGGGGAUCAGAGUAACUUUUUCCAAAACCAACAGCAAAUACCGCAAUCCUGUAAUCCAACUUACCAGCCACCAUCAUUUGGUAUCAUGACGGGAACCCAAUCAAAUUGCCCCCAACCGCAGCCGCAAUGUCAUUCAGAUGCCUUCCCAAAUCCCCAAAGAUCCAACCUCCUCACCUCAAAUUACCAACAGCCAAAUCAAGAUCAUUGCAUCUCUCAAUCCCCUGAAAAGCCGCUAAAGCUCGCCCCCGGACUUCUCGAGCAGAUCAAAGCCAUCCUAACACCCUCAUCUGGGCCAAUAUUUAUCCUUCCUACGAGUUGUUCAACUCCUCCAUCUCCUCAGCCCUCUUGUCUGGAAUGUCAUGGAAUGAGACUUCCCUGCGGACAAUCGCAGCUUUUUCAACCAGCUGCCUACUACCCAUGCCCCAUGCCGAUGCCGAUGCCAAUUUUCAAUCCAUUUAUGCUUCAAAAUAGCCCUCAAAAGCCAUCAGCUGAGCCUCUCCGUUGCUCCUGCUGCUUCCACACCUCACCUGAUCCCACCAAGGCUAUUGCUCAUCAAAUUCAACCCUCGAUUCAACCUGACCAGCAUUUCUGCAGUGAGACCGAUGACGAGACGAUCUGCUCAAAACGCAACUGUCCAUCAGCAAUUAAUUUACAAGCACUAGCAGCACAGCUGUUAGCUGUGCCUGGAGUCAUCUCUUGUGCAGCCACCAGGAUGAUUCUAAGAAGGAUCCCAGGGUCAAAUGUUACCAAUCCUAUUGAGGAGAUCAUGCAGAGGAGUCAGAACGCUCUGAAUAAUCUAGCCCAAGAACAAUUGUCAGCUGAGUCUCGAAAUGCUCAACAAGUUGGUGCUUUGAUAAAUCUCCACAUGACUGCCAAUCCACCAACGAAUAUCGUCCACAUUCUGACAACGACUCAAUUAAAAGUGAAUGUUUUAAAAGGUCAUGUCGAUAGUUUAAUAAGUCGUCAAGUGAGUGGCCAAGAAAUGGGUGCUGAAGGCAGUAAACAAUUCGAUGUAAUGAUCCUGGGCAUGAAGUCUGAUGAGGAACUACGUCAGCUGCUGAUAACUCUGAGACAGAAGGAAUGCGAUGAGAGGGUAAAUUUGAGUUUCGCUCCUUAUCGCUCACAGCGGAUAAUUGCUGAAACUCGAUUGAGGAAUGUUGAGAGUAAAAUACGUCAAGUUGAGAAGGUAAUGGAGAAUCGUCGGUUUACAAUGAUACCUCGUGACAAUAGACAUGUAGAUCUCGAUGGUAGUGGUGGAUGGCACGCGUAUCCUGGUAGUCUGUCGGCUGCUAGUCCCUUCGGACGUGAAACCACAAUGCAACCACAGACGUACGACUCCCCGGAUCCCUUUCACAUCGAAGUUCGUAGCCCGAGGAGACUGAAUCUCAAACCGCACGUUGGUAGCCCAGAAACCACGUACGAACGUGAAUUGGAACAGUCUAAGGAGAUAACUUUUCGAAAACCAGAUAAUGGCCAUCAAAGCAAUUAUCAGAGACUUCUAAAUCCUGCAGAAAUGGCGAAAGUGAAAAAAGAAAUUGGAGAUACUCAAGAUAUUGGGGAUGAUCGUACAAUACCAUUUGUUAUGACCUUAUCAGAGAACCCCGUUCAAAAUCCUGAAAAAGACCUAGACGAUGAAGAAAAUGAAAUAUCUCUUUGUACAGCUCCUAACGAGAAACCGAGUGCAGGAAAUCCGUAUGCCAGUGAAAAGGAUGAAGAAACCGAGAAUCGUAUUACGGCGGAAAAAAAGUGAAUCUAACAUGAUGUUGAUCCAGACGGAAUAUUUUCCGUGGAAAUGGAUAUGAAAAGACCAUUGAUGGAGAACUCCUGAGAUCCUCUAUAAAACGAAAAAAAUCCGAGAGCGCAGAUAUUAAAACGAGUGGAAAAAAAUGAAAAGGAGGAUUUCAACGAUAUCAAAGAAUUACUCAGAAAAUUAUAAUCGAUAGGAAAGGCUCGAAUGGAGUCACGAGAACAUGAGAGUUUCAUCCAGGUCGCGAAUAAUUGGAAAUUUAAUUAUUAUCUUAGGAAUCGAUGCAAUUCAUUGAUGCCCUUUGAUGUGUGCCUCUAGAGUUGGAUUGAUUGAGAGAAUUCCAAGUCUUUGAAGUUCGGGGAAUUUCGAGCUAAGGCCAUUAAAAUUGAUAUCAAUAAAUCCAGAGCAAGAGAAAUCAUUUGGAGGAGAAAUAAAAUCAAACGAUAUGACGAAAUACUGGAGACUUUGAUGUGUGGAAAAAUAGGAAAAUGAUCCAAGUUUUAUUGGAAGUUUAUUCCACCAGUUUCGUCCACUUUUCAUCUGAUCUAAGAAUUGGGGAGCUAAGAAACUUCAUCAGGAAAUGGAAUACGAGGAGCAAAUUUUCACUCACCGAGGGAAGUAAUGAAAUUG